AUUAAAAGUGGGAUUUGGAUUUCUGAUGGAGGGCAUGACUCCUCUAAAUCAUCUCUCACCAGGCCCAGGAAGUGAAAAGUUGUGGGAACUAUUGAAUUGGCAUCUUGAAGAGCAGCGGAAGAGAAGAGCGAUCGAAGCAUGCAGUGAAACUAAAGCUAAGAUGGAUGAGCUUGAAAAUGAAAUAUCAAAUGUAGUAGGUUUGCAUGAGCUUAAGGUACAACUACGGAAAUGGGCAGGGGGAAUGCUUUUGGAUGAGAGGUGUAGAACCCUUGGGCUGAAAGUUGGCAUCAGAAGAACCCCACAUAUGGCAUUCCUUGGCAAUCCUGGAUCAGGCGGUGGAGGUCGACUCGAUUAUGGAGUUCAUGUCGUAUCUGUUGAGCUCAUCUUCUCUAUUUGAUGAAGUUUUGGGAUCCAAAAUGGAGUCCCCCAUGUUGGUUAUCUCCACUACCUCCCCGAUGCCAUUUUAUUCAAAACAGGUUAGUACAUUUUAUUCCAUAAUUUUCAUUAAUCCUUAAUGGUUCCUUAAUUAAACAAACAAUUAGGUUGAUUAUUAAUCAUAAUCAAAUAAUUUAUUUAUUCAACUAUAAAUUAAGACCACUUUUGAUGCUGCAGGGAUAGAUAUUUUGGUAUGCAAUGAUCUAUUUGGCUUGCGAUGUUUAUUUAUAGGAUCAUGUUAUAACUUCUUUUAAUACUUUUCUUUUA